GAGCGCUGGCCCGGCCCAGAGGGGACAGGAAGCCAGGACACCGGGGAUUGUCUCUUGUUAGCACAGCCCAGCCCAGCCUGGGAGGAAGUUCUGCCGAGCGCUCUCCGCUGGUUAUAUUGUUGAACAGGAAACAGCAUCGAGGGAGCAGGGCCGUGGAGCAAGUGGCGCCGGACGUGGACCCCACGCGCGUCUGCCGGGACAAGUGGAAGCUAGGCCAGUGGGCGAAAGUUCCAAGACAAGCUGGACUGCGGACAGCCCUACUGAGUGUCAGUCUCCGCCUCUCCUGUGUCAGCUCUGUUCUGCGUGGUUUCUUCAGUCUCCGUCCUUGGAAGCCCCUCCCACAGAGAUGGUAGAGACCUAACCUGCAACCCUCCGCCAGCCCCGCCCAUCCAGCCCAUGGGCGGCCUGAGGCCUUCCCUGCUAACGAAAGUGCCUUGGCCGCGAUGGCGGCAGACGUCGAGGGGGAAGUGUAUGUGCUGGUGGAGCACCCCUUCGAGUACACUGGCAAGGACGGACGCCGUAUAGCCAUCCAGCCCAACGAGCGUUACCGACUGCUGCGUCGCAGCACCGAGCACUGGUGGCACGUGCGGCGCGAGCCUGGAGGUCGCCCCUUCUAUCUCCCGGCGCAGUACGUGCGCGAGCUGCCCGCGCUCGGCGACCCUGGCCCGGCCCCGCAGCCUUCCGAUCCGCAGCCGCGCCCCGCAGUCCCAGAGCCUCUGGCCUACGACUACCGCUUCGUGAGCACCCCGGUGAGCGCCAAUGGGUCCCCCGCCGAGCUCCGGAGCCGGGCCAGCUCCCUGUGUGGCCCCGCGAGACAGCGUGCCAAAAGCCAGCGCAACAGCCUGGCACCGGGAGGGCCAGCCUGCCUGUACGUGCGGCCCGCAGCUCCGGUGCGACCGGCGCAGUCCCUAGACGACUUGGCGCGCGGCGGCUCCGCGCCCUCUGCCGGCCUCCUUGGCAGCGCGGGACACUUCAAGGCUUCCAGCGUGGCGGGCUCCUGGGUUUGUCCGAGGCCCCUGGUGCGCAGCGACUCGGAGAAUGUCUACGAGGCCAUCCUGGACGAGCGCUGCCCAACGCGGGAGGAGAGCCCAAAGCUGGUGGAUGACCCCCUGGAGCCCGUGUAUGCCAACAUAGAGCGCCAACCUCCAGCCACAUCGCCACGCUCCGCUGCAGCUCCUCCUCGCCUCAGCCCGGUGUGGGAGACGCACACAGACACGGGCACUGGGCGCCCCUACUACUACAACCCCGACACGGGCGUGACCACCUGGGAGUCACCCUUUGAGGCAUCUGAAGGCGCCAUCAGCCCAGCCACCUCCCGGGCCUCCGUGGGCAGCGGGGAAAGCCUGGAGACGGAGUGGGGCCAGUACUGGGAUGAGGAGAGCCGCAGGGUGUUCUUCUACAACCCCUUGACCGGUGAGACGGCCUGGGAGGACGAGACGGAGACCGAGGAGCUGGAGGACGAGCCCCAGGAACAGCUAGAGAUGCAACCCAGCCUGAGCCCUAGAAGCCCCAGGCAGCAGAGGCCCCCGACUCCUGAAACAGACUAUCCCGAGGUACUGGCCAGUUACCCAGAAGAAGAUUAUCCUCUGGGCUCCUUCAGUGAUCCUGAGCCUGCUUCUCCCUUGCCUGCACCCCCUGGCUGGUCCUGUCACAUUACCCCAGACAAGCAGAUGCUGUACACCAGCCAGUUCACUCAAGAGCAGUGGGUAAGGUUGGAGGACCAGCACGGGAAGCCAUAUUUCUACAAGCCCGAAGAUUCCUCUGUUCAGUGGGAGCUGCCCCAGGUCCCAAUCCCUGCCGCUCAAAACAUCCGCAAAUCCAGCCAGGAUAGCGACACCCAGGCUCCAGCUAGCCCUCCAGAGGAGAAGGUCAAGACCCUGGACAAGGCAGGAGUGCUCCAUCGCACCAAGACAGUGGACAAGGGAAAGAAACUUCGGAAGAAACACUGGAGCUCCUCCUGGACAGUGCUAGAGGGCGGGGUCCUCACCUUCUUCAAGGACUCAAAGACCUCAGCUGCAGGCGGCCUGAGGCAGCCUUCCAAGCUCUCCACCCCUGAGUACACGGUCAAACUGAAGGGGGCCUCCCUCUCUUGGGCCCCCAAAGACAAAUCCAGCAAGAAGAAUGUGCUAGAGCUGCGAAGCCGAGAUGGCUCAGAGUACCUGAUCCAGCACGACUCAGAAGCCAUCAUCAGCACCUGGCACAAGGCCAUCGCCGAAGGCAUCGAAGAGUUGUCUGCAGAUCUGCUGCAGGGAGAGAGAAGUGAGUCUGUCAGUGCUGAUUUUGGGUCCAGUGAACGCCUCGGAAGCUGGCGGGAGGAGGACGCGCAGCAGAAUGCAGCAGCCUCGCCCUUGCUCAGCCCCGGAGGCCUGGAAAGCGACUUGAGCAGAGUCCGCCACAAGCUCCGCAAAUUCCUACAGAGAAGACCCACUCUGCAGUCUUUACGGGACAGAGGCUACAUCAAAGACCAGGUGUUUGGAUGCGCGCUGGCCCAACUGUGUGAACGCGAGAGGAGCGCUGUGCCACGCUUCGUGCAGCAAUGCAUCCGCACGGUCGAAGCCCGGGGGUUGGACAUCGACGGGCUGUACCGCAUCAGUGGGAACCUGGCCACCAUCCAGAAGCUGCGCUAUAAGGUGGAUCACGACGAGCGUCUGGACCUGGACGACGGGCGCUGGGAGGACGUCCACGUGAUCACGGGCGCUCUGAAGCUUUUCUUCCGAGAGCUGCCGGAACCCCUCUUCCCUUUCUCACACUUCCACCAGUUCAUAGCAGCCAUCAAGCUGCACGACCCGGCCCAGCGCGGCCGCUGUGUACGUGACCUGGUGCGCACACUGCCGGCCCCCAACCACGACACGCUCCGAUUGCUCAUCCAACACCUGUGCCGGGUGAUCGAGCACGGCGAGCAGAACCGUAUGUCCGUGCAGAAUGUGGCCAUCGUGUUCGGGCCCACGCUGCUGCGGCCUGAGACGGAAGAGGCCAGCAUGCCUAUGACCAUGGUGUUCCAGAACCAGGUGGUGGAGCUCAUCCUACAGCAGUGCACAGACAUCUUCCCACCACACUGACUGUGGACCCUGGGUGGCU